CUUUAACAGAUAAUGAGGAAAUAUAGUAGAUAAAUAUUGAGAAUGUAACCUUAUAAAAUUUAAUAAUAAGUGAUAAGGUCAAAGAUAUUUCAGUGAUGAAUAAUCUAGAAUAAAUAAAUAACCUCAAUUGGUCUGGAAAUUAUGAAAAGAAUAAUUAUAAGAUUGGUAGAUGGAAGGCUACCUGGAAAGGUGAAAAUUUGGUAAUUAAAUUAUAUGUAGACGGAAAAAAUCAGGGCUAUGGAAAGAUUUAAUAUAGAAUUAUUGGAGGUAGAAUUUUUAGUUAUAAGAAAUAGUGAAGCUUAGGCAUUUGAAAUCGGCAUAUAUGAUAAUGACAUUAGAAAAGGCACGUGGCAGAUUAUCUAUUAAGAUCAAAAGAUGUAUUUUAUUUACUUAUAAGAUUUUAAGUGGAGGAGGUGAAUACAAUGAAAUUGGCAAAAAUAAGGAAAAUGGAUUGAUUUAUUUGAAAAUUUUUUUGAAUUUGCUUAAGUAACUUUUAGUGGGGAAUAUAAUACGAAUGGUAUAAACGUAGGUAGAUGGGAUA